AUGAUCUCCGUGGUGACGGUUUACCAUGAGGAACCCCUGAGCAGACCGUCAGCAUACCUUCCAGGAGUCCUGGAAGAUCCUCAAGGACCACAGAGAACUGUGCUGGCACCGUUCCUCUUCACCCUCUACACUGCAGACUUCUCCAUCAACUCCCUCACUGCCAUCUGCAACAGUUCUCUGACUCUGCCACAGCACAGGUCCACCUCACUGACCCCGGUGAACAUCCAGGGUGUGGACAUAGAGAUCGUGGACUCUUAUCAGUACCUGGCAAAGAUGGCCGCCUCCUGUUCUUUUGUUCCUCUGGUCCUUCUCCUCUGCCUCUCCGUUGCCGUGGAGAUGAGAUCUUCAUCUUACAGAGACAACAAGCAGGUUCUACAAUCUCUCUUCGGCUCUCGCCUCGCUGCUCUCAUCAUGGCCCCGCCCACUCCCGAUGACAUCACAGAGGCCUCUGCAGUUGAGCCGACGGCCACGCCUCCUUCUGAACGAUGGACCCUGAGGCAGAACGACUCCAGCGGAUUGGUCGACAGGCAGGGGGCGGUGCCUCAACUCCUACUGGACUUUCUGCAGCGGCAGACCAAGACUGGGAGGCGGAGCAGGAAGUCCAUGUUCGGGGGGAGAGGAUGCUUCGGGAUGAAGCUGGACCGGAUCGGGUCCAUUAGCGGCCUAGGCUGUUAAAGGUGUGGUUACUAUUCGCCGUGUCCCAGAUACCGCCAUCUUUGUUUAGCUCAAAGCAUUGUGGUCCUGUUUGGGGACACCCUGGACCG